UUUACAUUUUUGGUUUCGCAUAAAUGUUUGUAAAGUUUUAAAAUAUUUUUGCAUUUUCUGAUAAAAAAAGUAAAUACAGAUAAAAUAUUUUACAUUCGCAAUGUGCACUAAUAUUAAUAAUUUCUUUCUAGCAUAGGGGAAAUCCUAUAAUGACCAGUUUGUAUUUCGAUAUCAGCGACAGUCAGUGGCCCAUAAUUUAUCAUGAAAAAUACAAUGUAUCAUUUCUGGGUUUGGAGAAAAUGCAUGUAUUUGAUGCUAAGAAAUGGGGCAAUAUUAUUAAGCAUUUGAAAGAUGAAGAGUUAAUAGAUGAUGAGAGCAUUGUGAAGCCACAAGAAGCAAAGAAAAGUGAUUUGCUUGCUGUACAUACAAAGAAAUAUCUCAGGUCUCUAAAUUGGAGUGCCAAAGUUGCAAUGAUAGCUGAGGUUCCAGUUGUGGCUUUUUUGCCAAAUGCUUUUGUACAGUAUGCAUACUUGAGACCUAUGAGGUUACAAACAGGGGGUUCAAUCUUGGCCGGUAAGCUUGCCCUUGAAAGAGGCUGGGCUAUCAACGUGGGAGGGGGCUUCCACCAUUGCAGCGGCGACCGCGGCGGGGGUUUCUGUCCGUAUGCCGACAUCAGCCUGCUGAUACGAUGGCUGCUCGACUCGCAGAUGAUACAGAACGCUAUGAUCGUUGACUUGGAUGCUCAUCAGGGUAACGGCUACGCCCGCGACUUCCUCGGCGUGCCGGAGGUAUACAUAAUGGACAUGUACAACCGGGACAUAUACCCGAAAGACAAACAAGCCAAGAAGGCCAUACGGAGAAAGGUCGAGUUGAGGUGUAAAGUGGAGGAUAUGGAGUAUAUGCUUAAGUUGAGGCAGAAUCUGAAGGCAGCCCUGGAGGAAUUCCGGCCAGACAUAUUGGUAUACAACGCCGGCACCGACAUCUUGAAUACCGACCCACUCGGUCUAAUGUGGAUUACCGAAUUGGGCAUCAUCAAACGAGAUGAAUUCGUGUUUCAAAUAUGCAAGGAACACAAUAUCCCUAUAGUGAUGCUGACUAGCGGUGGAUACCUUCGGAAGACUGCCAAGAUAAUCGCGGACUCCAUCGUGAAUCUCUACAACAAAGGCCUCAUAUCCGGCAACGGCGAGAAAGAUUAAGUCUCGCAUUUUAUGGCAACACUGGCGGCCAGUGUUGCCCUAGGAACAAAUAACCUACAUUUGGUAGAAAAUCGUAUCGUAAAUUCCAUAUUUUCUUGAUAUUAAAACGCAGAGUAUAUUUAUAUCAAAUUAAAUUUACAAUUGUAGACAUAAGGCUAUUGAUCUCAACCAUUACGGGUGCCAAGUUAAAAGUGCAAAAAAAGCAUAGAAUUAUUUAUCGCAAAUUCAAUUUGCAAUUAAUAGAAUUUAGAAAAGUUAUUUGAUGUCAGCAUUUUUAAUGCAUACCUAGUUUAUUUAUAGCAAAUGCAAUUUGCCAAUUUAGAAUUUAGGGAAUCUUAUCUCAGAAUUUCAAGUGCCAAAGUAAUUGUAGCAAAUGAAAUUUGUAAUAGAUUUAAUUUUCUAGUCACUUACUAGGAUUUUUUUAUGCUAUAACAUUUUUGUUCUAGUAAACUAGAAUAUGUGAUACAAAUGAUAUUUACAGGUUCCAUAUUAAGCUACAGAGUUAUAUUUUCCAACUUUAAAAUAUAUUUAGAUAUAUAUUCAU